AAUAAUAAUCUUCGAUUCUUCGGGAAUAGGCAAAAUACAGCCUUAUUUGACGCCUCCAUCUUUGCCUUUUUCUUCCCUUACUCAUUCCCUGCAGCAGCAAACCCCAGAAACCACCUCUCUUUCUUUCUCUCUCCUUCCUAUAAAAACACAGACAAGCCCCAUUUGAAUCUCUGCUUUCUUUUUCUCUCUCUCUCCUAACAAAAAAAAUAAAAAAGCUGCCAAAUUCCAAGAAAAAGCUUACACCUUUGCUUUGCUUUGCUUGGGAAUAUGGUUCAUCACUAUAUGCUGCGUUAUCAGCCAUGGAAAAAAGGAAGAACUCAUUUUUAUUGUGAACAAGAAGAUGACGAAGAAGAAGGAGCUGUGGCUAUGGCCUGUGAUGACUUUUAUUACUCUACCUCUGCUUAUAACAAAGCUAAUAAACCCAAGCUUUUGUUUCUUCUUUUUCUUUCUUUUCUCUCUUGUUCCUUCAUUUUUGCUCCCCAUUUCUUCUCUUCUUUUUCUUCUUCUUCUUUCUCUCCUUUCUAUUCUUUUGGGGUUCAAAAUGGUGAUGUCUCUGUUGAUAAGCAGGUUUUUGCUCCUCUAUGUUCUUCAGUCCCUAAUGGAACCAUAUGUUGUGAUAGAAGUAGCAUCCGUUCUGAUAUCUGUACUAUGAAAGGAGAUAUAAGAACAGAUUCUUCUUCCUCCUCAAUCUUCCUCUACACCUCACCCGAUUCCCCGAUCGAGUACGACGACGACCACGGAGUGAUCCAAGUUGAAAAAAUCAAACCAUACACAAGAAAAUGGGAGAAAAACACGAUGGAUACAAUUGAUGAAUUGGAGCUCAUUGUGAAACGAAAGAGCAACGAUAUCGAUCGCCACCAUCAGUGCGACAUACGACACAAUGUCCCGGCCGUGUUCUUCUCGACAGGAGGCUAUACGGGCAACGUUUAUCACGAAUUCAAUGAUGGGAUUCUGCCGCUUUAUAUAACUUCUCAUAAUAUGAAAAAAGAGGUGGUUUUUGUGAUCCUUGAGUAUCAUAGUUGGUGGAUCACAAAAUAUGGUGAAAUUCUUUCACAACUCUCAAAUUAUCCCAUCAUAGACUUCAGAAAAAACAAUAAAAUCCAUUGCUUCCCACAAGUCAUUGCUGGCUUGAGAAUCCAUGAUGAGUUGACUGUGGAGCCUUCAUUGAUGGAAGGGAGCAAGAGCAUUGUCGAUUUUCGGAACCUCUUAGACAUGGCGUACAGACCUCGAAUCCACGAGUUGAUUCGCCACGAGGAGGGGAAGAUUUCUUUUCAUGGAUCAAAUGAAUCAAAGCGACCGAAACUGGUGGUCUUGUCACGAAAGGGGUCGUCACGAGCGAUAACGAACGAGAAGUUGAUGGUGAAGAUGGCAGAGAGGAUCGGAUUCGAGGUGAAGGUUUUGAGGCCAGAUAGAACAACAGAGUUGGCUAAGAUUUACAGAGAGCUGAAUGAAAGUGAUGUAAUGGUAGGAGUUCAUGGAGCUGCCAUGACACACUUUCUUUUCAUGAGACCUAACGCUGUGUUCAUCCAAGUGAUCCCAUUGGGGACUGUCUGGGCAGCGGAAACCUACUAUGGGGAGCCUGCGAAGAAGCUCGGUUUGAAGUACAUUGGGUACGAAAUUCAGCCAAAGGAGAGUUCUUUAUACAGUAAAUACAAUAAAGAAGACCCUGUUUUAGUGAAUCCAGAUAGCAUUACGAAGAAAGGGUGGGAAUACACAAAGAAGAUCUAUCUGGAUAGCCAGAAUGUGAGACUGAAUCUUGCACGGUUUCAAAAGCGCUUGGACCGUGCUUAUUACUACUGCAUCGCCCGAGCUCGUCGCCGUGGGCGAUUCCAGUGAUCGUCGUGCCAUGUGGGGAUGUUUUAGUGGGUAAAAAAAAACGGGGAAUUUUUUAUUUUUCCAAAUAUUUGUUUUGUAGAUAACAUUUUAUUAUUCUUCUGUGUUUAUUUUGCACAUAAAAUCACCCACUUGACUUGGGCAGUGAAUAAUUUACAGAGGAGGUUAAAAAGAGUAAAUUCUUCAUUUUUUUCUUGGGUAUAUGUGAGAUUCAAUCUUAUCUUUAAUGGAAUAAAAGUACUAUAUUUUGAAUAAA